AUGUGGCUACCAACUUCAGCUGUCUUAAUUUCUUACGUUGUUUCCAUAUUGAGAAGCUGCUGCAAAGAGGACCAGAGCUUCCAACCAAAAUGUCCUGCAGAUCAAGUUUCUUCAGACCCCCUGCACCCUGGAGCCUCUUCUAUUAUUCAACCACCAGAAUCUCUUGAUUUUAAAACAGCUCAUCCUCCUUUCAUGCAUAGAGGCAGUUCACCUAGAGGAAGGAAAAUUGCCUCUUCUUCAUCAAAUACAUCUUCUUACUCAUCUUUCUUUGGAAGAAGACAUUCUUUAUUUGCUAAAUUUCAGAAAAGCAGUGCUUCCCUUCAUUCUGGACAAAGUAGAGCUAACUUUGAUUCUGAAGAAAAAAGAAGCUUCGGUGAUUUAAAAUCGCCCUCAGAACAUUUUCGCUUUAGAUCCAGAAGUCUUUUCUCUGCCCCAAAACUAAAUAUAAUUUCCUGUUAUGAGAGUGCUAGUAAUUUUUUUGAUCCUCAAUCAAGAAGUCAAUGCAUAUUUAAUCCAAAUGAAAUUGAAAUCAUUUCUAAAAACUUGAGUAUUACUGAUGCUGGAAAAUAUAUAAGCUCUUAUUCUCCUGAAUAUAACACUAAAUAUUUUAUGAAUUCUGAAACAAAUGCUAAUUCCUCAGCCUGUCGGAACACUGUCGCUAACAUCUAUCAAAGCACAGCGACCAUGCUUACUCUUCCAACUAUUACUUCCUAUUCCUCUCAACAACAUGGAGUUGCCAGUGAUAUUCAAGAAAGAGAGCAGUUAAGGAACAAUUCCUUUCAUCCUGUUUUUCAAAGUCGCAGUAGAAAUAAUUCUCCAGCUAUGUUGCAACAUCAUCCCUCUCAAAGUGUAACUUUCCCUGUUCUCCAUAAUGUUGGAUUUACUUCGUUUUAUAAAAAUGCUAGAAGCUUUACCCCACCUCAAAAUGGAGUUACCUCAGAUCCCUUUGAAGAUGAAAACAAUGCUAUCUCGUCUAAAGAUGAAGACAAAUCUUCACCUAAUGAAAUUCCUAAAAUAAGGUCACCUCAGACUUUACCCUCUCUUAGAAGGGCAGCUCAGAUCAGAAGCUUUCCCACCAGGCAUACUAUAUGGUCUGUAGAAAUCACUGCUCAAUUUUCAUAGAGGUCUCCUCCCUUCCUAAACUUCACUGCAUAUUCUGAA